UUUCUGGGAGAGGAAAGGAAGUGUUUCUGAGCCUCUGGGCGUUUUCUUUCGAUUUGGAGGUUGUCUUUUUCUUGUUCGGUAGCACAGCCUAGGAUCUGGAACCAGAAGUCUUGAAUCUAGUGGCACAAAUCCCUCUGCCAGGAUAACCAUGGGAAUAUUUACAAAGUACAGAUUCUAUUUGAAAGACGACAGCUUACAGUACAUGCAGAAGAAAUUCCUAAGAGCUAAUAUUAAGAAAAACAAUGGAAAUGUUUCCUCUGUACUAACCCGUAAGUGCACACAUGUCAUCUUAGAUAAUGAUGCCAUCCUGAGUUCUGGUGAGCUGAGUACUGUCCAGAAGUAUCAUAUCUCCAUCGCAAACAUAGAUUUUUUGUGGGACUGCAUCAAACAAGGAAAACUCUUAAGUGUUGAGAAUUACAAAUGCAAUGAAUCAUCAGGAGUCACUCCACCUCCUUUUGAAAGAUCUAGCAGUUCCAGAAUGGACAAGGAUGACUUGCACAGUGCCACAGAGAAGAAUGAAAAGAUUGUGGAACACAAUAAAUUUUGUACAGAAGAUGACAAUAUCCCUCAUGUUCCUCAAGAUUUUGAAGUUGCAAAGUAUAGCUUCUUGGAAAAAAUUAAGUCAGAGGGAGAGAAGGAAGUUGUGGUGGUGGAAUUGCAGUGCUUCCAAGAAAAUCCUGACUUUUCUUUUCUUGUAGCUGCGAAUCUGCUGCUGCCAGGAGGAGUUAAGACUAGAAGACAUUUAUCUAGAAAAAAUACAUCUGAAGAUGCAGUUGAAUACUAUGAGAAUUAUAUUGAAGAACUGAAGAAACAAGGAUUUCUGCCAUCAGAAAGUUGUCCACCUGAAGCAAACCUACUAGCAUCUGAGAAGUUACAAGCAUUGCUGUUGGAAGAUGUGUUAAAUGGAGAUACUAUAAGUGAGGAAGUGAGUACCUUAGUGGAGUUGAUUUGGGUGGAAGCUCUUGGCCACUUGGAGAACAUUCUUCUCAAGCCAGCAAAUAGCAUCAGCCUAAAUGAUGUGAGCAAAGCUGAGGGAAUUCUACUUCAAGUUAAGGCAGCAUUAAACAAAGGAGAAACAACAGAAGAGUUAAGAAAGCUGAUGUCAGAAUUCUACCGACUUAUACCUCACAGAAGUACAGAAGAUGAAGUUAACCGAAGACUGUUAUCUAAGAAAGAAGAUCUCUGCCAGCUCAUAAGAGAUGUGGUUAAUGUCAGUGAAGCAAAUCUCUCAAGACCUAACCCACCUUCUCUUGCCAAAUAUCGAGCUCUGAGAUGCAAAAUUGAGCAUGUUGAUGAGAACACUAGAGAGUUUUCCAAGGUUAAAGAAGAGGUAUUGCAAAAAAAUUAUGGGAAGAAUCCAGUGGACAUCUUAAAUGUAUAUCAAAUUGGCAGAGUUAAUGAAACUGUGGAAUUUCAAAGCAAGCUUGGCAAUGUGCAGUCCUUACUACAUGGAACACUUGGGAGAAAUAUUGUUGGAAUUCUUUCCCGGGGAUUGCUAUUACCCAAAAGAUUGGUUGAAGAUCAUGGAAUAGAAAGAACAGAUUUUGGAAAUCUUGGUAGUGGAAUAUACUUCAGUGAUUCUCUCAGUGCAAGCAUUAAGUAUUCAACAUCAAAUAAAACAAAUGGCACUAGAUUCCUGGUUGUUUGUGAUGUCGCCCUUGGAUCCUGUAUGAAUUUGUACAAGAGAGAUUUCUCAUUAACUGAGCCACCACCAAGUUACGACAGUGUGCAUGGAAUUCGGAGAACAGAACACAUCAUCUCAGACUUCGAGGAUGAUGAAUUUGUUGUAUACAAAACCAGUCAGGUUAAAAUGAAAUACCUUGUUAACUUUUGUGUGCGUGGAGACCAAGUAAAGGACUUUUGUCCUUGUGUUGAUACUGAGUGGGAGGAAAAUAGACCUGAGUUUUUAAAUGAUCAUUCACAACUUAAAGAUUAUGUGUUACCAGAUACUGACCCUUUUGUCAACAUAAAAGCUGGCCUUCAGGAUCUCUCUGGGAUUCAAAUCCCUCUCGAAGAGAUUCAUAUCAAGGGAAGAAUAAUGGACUUCAUAGCCCAGAUCAUUGUUUUCCAAGCAUAUACCAAUAAGAGUCAUCUGCCUAUUGAAACAAAGUAUGUCUUUCCCUUGGACGACAAAGCAGCUGUGUGUGGAUUUGAAGCUUUCAUCAAUGGCAAGCAUAUAGUAGGAGAGGUCAAGGAGAAGGAAGAAGCUCAUAAGGAGUACAGGAAGGCCAUCAGUGAAGGCCACGGAGCUUACUUGAUGGAUCAGGACAGUCCUGAUGUCUUUACUGUGAGCAUUGGAAACUUACCACCACAGGCCAAAGUUCUUAUCAAAAUUACUUAUAUCACUGAGCUCAGUUUUCAUCAUGGAUAUGCUAACUUCUUCAUGCCUGCUACUGUAGCACCGUGGCAACAGGAUAAAGCUUUAUAUGAAAAUUUGCAGGAUGCAGUGAAGAAAAUUUAUACUAAAGAAGUAGGAAUGCAGCAACGAUUCUCUUUAAGUAUAUCAAUUGAGAUGCCACAUAUAAUUGAGUUAAUUACCAGUGAUACACAUAAACUCAAAGUAAAGAAAACAGACUGCAAGGCUGUAAUCAGCACUUUGGAUAACAGUUCCUUAGACAGCAAAGGCUUCUCCCUCCAGAUCCAUAUAGGAGAGGCUUACCUCCCAAGAAUGUGGGUUGAAAAGCACCCAGACAAGGAAAGUGAGGCCUGCAUGCUUGUGUUCCAUCCAGAUUUCAGUUCUGUCCUACCUGAAAAGGCCCAUACUAGUGAAGUUAUUAUUUGUCUGGAUUGCUCCAAUUCUAUGGAGGGCUCAGAAUUACUGCAAGCAAAGCAAAUUGCCUUACAUGUCCUGUCUCUUGUCCAUGAGGGGCAAAAAGUAAACAUUAUCAAGUUUGGCACAAGUUAUACUGAAUUAUUUUCAUAUCCUAAGUACUCCACAAGCAGUCUUCAACUGACAGAGUUCAUUAUGUCUGCUACACCUACCAUGGGAAAUACUGACUUCUGGAAAACGCUGCGCUUUUUAAAUUUACUUUACCCUUCUCAAGGGAUGCGAAACAUACUUCUUCUAUCUGAUGGGCAUAUUCAGAAUGAGAGCCUGACGUUGCAGAUUGUAAAAAGAAAUGUUAGACACACCCGCUUAUUUACGUGUGGCAUUGGGUCCACGGCAAAUCGUCAUAUCCUGAGGGCUUUGUCCCAGUAUGGUGCUGGAGCAUUUGAAUACUUUAAUACAAAAUCUAAAUAUAAUUGGAAAAAACAGAUUGAAGACCAGAUGACAAGAAUAUUUUCUCUAGGAUGCAGCUCCGUGUCUGUUAAAUGGCAACAGCUGAAUCUAAAUUCACCAGCGCCCAUGCAGGCUCCCACACAAAUCCAGGCCUUGUUCAGCAAUGAUAGAUUGCUUGUGUAUGGAUUUGUUCCUCAUUGUACACAAGCCAUCCUAAAUGCUUUAAUUGAAGAGAGAGAAUUUCACACAAUGGUAUCAACUACUGAACUACAGAAAACAACUGGAACUAUGCUUCACAAGCUAACAGCUAGAGCUCUCAUUAGAGAUUAUGAAGAUGGAAUACUCCAUGAAGAUGAAACAAAACAUGAGAUGAAGAAGCAAAUUUUGAAGUCUCUGAUUAUUAAACUCAGCAAGGAGAACUCUAUUAUAACACAAUUUACAAGUUUUGUGGCAGUUGAAAAAAGGGAUGGCAAUAAAUCACUGGAUCCCUAUACUCCAAAUAUUUUGGAACUUAUCACCACAGAAGACAUAGACUUUCUGCCAUACAUGGAUUGGGAGGUGGAACAGCCAGAGGAUGCAAUGAUGAUCGUUAAGCGAAAAUGUAUCAAAAAAAAGAAGCUGAAACAUUUUACAACUCCCAAUGAAGAUCCAGCUGAUUUUAAGUUAGGUUCAGGGAAUGCUACUUUUUCAGACAUUACUUCUCCUGUGAAGAAAUAUUCAGCAUCGCUUCACUUCCAUGGCAGUCCAGAAAAAAAGAUUGGACUAUUCUCACACAUAGCUGAGGACUUAGAAUUGGAUUUGGCUAUGGAGGGAAUCUGUUCUGCUCCAUUUCCUUCCCAUGAUGCAUUACCAAAAACAUCAGCAGAAAAUCUCCUUCUUGCUUCUGACCAGUAUGACCAUGCCAAGGCAUUAGAUCUAACUAAGAAAGAUUCAGAUGUGACAUUUUUAUUUAAUAAACAAAAACUGGAUUGGGAGGGUACAAACCCUUUCACUCUUUGCUCUUCAAUUCCUCCUCCUUCCCCUCCUCUUUCUCUGGUUAGUUUCCAGUCCCUUUCCAGUUCCUCCUUUUCCCAUCCUUUUUCAGGCUUUGGCUCUCCUUGUGGUACCUUCACUACUUCUAGUUUUCUUCCUGCAAACUCUCCUUUUCCUCCUCCUCUACUCCAGGGUUCAGGGAACAUUUUCGUCCCUCCUUUAUCUUGUCCUAUUCUUGCACGUCCACCUCCUGCUCCAUUUUCAUACUCUUCUCUUCCUCCUCCUCCUCCUCCUCCUCCUCGUCCUUCUCUUCCUUCUCUUCCUCCUCCUCCUCCUCCUCGUCUUCCUCCUCCUCCUCCUCCUCCUCCUCCUCCUCUUCUUUUUCGUUCUGCCCAGUUUCUUUCUAGGUCUCAGUUAGACUCACCUAAGAUUCGAAAAUCUAGGGGAUUGAGUGAAUCAUUUUUAAAAGUUCAGGAAAGGUCUGCCUCCCCUCCAGAUGUUGAUUAUGGAAGCUCAUCAUUAUUUGGGAAGAAAAUACAAGGGCUUGCAUCAAGUCAUGGACAUGUUUUUGGAGAGGAAAAUGAUGAACAACUGUUAUGGUCCCAUGAGUGGACAUCUUCUGCAUCCAGUGAUACUAGAUCAGAAGCAGAGUCUUCAGGUUUUUCAUUUGCAGUGAGGUGUUGCAAAGUACAGAAUGCUACUCCAUCAAUUGCUGAGACACAAAAACACCAGACUGAUAUGACCCACAGAGAAAGUUGGUUGAGUGGUAUUAAAGAGAAUUUGGUGUUUUGGACUCAAGUUUUUAGGCUUCAGAGUGAGGAGGGCUUUUGGAAACUUAACCUUGAACUUGGACUGAUUUUAAAUCUGAAUGUGAAUAAUUUAAACAUCUUUCUUGUGCAAAAAGGCAUCCAAUCCCUAGGUUCCAAAGGAAAAGAAGAUGUAUUACAGCUGGUUGCCACAUUUCUGGUGCUACAGCUCAUUCGAGCUAACCUGGAGCUAGAAGGGAUAGCCGUCAAGUCACUGAUGAAAUUAGAUGACUCAGCUGCUUACGGAUCCUGUGACAGGUACUGGAGUUUUGAUUCAGUAAAGAAAGCAGUGGAAUGGGUAAGAAGAACCGAAGCACAAUAUCCUUCUCUUUGCUCUCGGCUUGAGUUGGGCAAAGACUGGGACUCUGCCACUAAGCAGCUGUUGGGAAUUCAGCCAAUAAGUACCAGAUCUCCUCUUCACAAAGCACUUAAUUGCAGUCAAGGCUAAAGCUUCAAAUUGUAUUUGAAGGUUUUUUCUGUUUGAGUAUGUAAAGUCUUUACUUUGAAUAAAAAGUUACUAAAUUAUGAUUCUAUUCAGCUUAUAAGUCAGGCAUUUGAAAAUCAGAUAAAACAAGCUACUUCAUAAUAAGCAAAUGUUAUCUGUUGCAGUAUAAAAAAGAAUAAUUAUGAUAUAGAAAAUUUAGUGUUUAACUUUGAUAUUUUGAUGUGAUUAAUUCUUUGUUUUGAGUACUUAAAUGCUUAAUCUUAACACAUAAACAUUUCAUAUUGUUAUUAAGUUCAUCUAAAGGAAAUCAUUGUUUUCUGAGUUAGAAAAGGAAUAUUGAGUAUAUCAUAUUUAGGACUAGGAACCAGAAAAUAAAAAUAUUCAUCCUAUGUGCACAAAUUCAAUGAAUAUAAUAAA